AUGUCUGCCCCCUCUACCUCACGCAAACCGAGCUCUCACCCAACUGCGAACCCGGGUCAUAAACCCCAGGCUAUAACAGUCAAGUGUACUGUUACGCCUGCUAGGAAGACACCUAAGCUGAACUCACUCCCGUCGAGCCCAGCACCAGCGCGCCGAAUCAAACCCGAGCCCAUUGGCCGGUUGAAGGCCCCAAUUUCCUCCAGCAGUUCCACCCCUGCCCAUCUCAUCCAACCAUCUCCUGCUCGUCAUAGCCACUCCUCUGCCUCAUCCACACAUACGCCUAUACGCGGAGCCUCUAAAGCAGCUCAGAAACCAAACGAACAGCCCUCGACAUCAACACUUCCGCGGCAGGUGUCCAUUCAUGAUCCACAGGACUGGAAAGCUGCAACAGCUUCGGUUAGACAAGGAGAUCCCUUGAUGGACGCCUUCCGGAGAAAGCUGCCACUAGCCCCCGUUCUUGGACUCUCCCGACUAUGGGAUGAUCCCAACAACAACAAGGAGUAUCCACCCGGAAGCAGAGAAAGGUUGAACUCGGUGGACGCCGUCGAUGGCGAUGGUGAAGACGAUUUCCUGCCCCUCCCAAGAAACGAGGUCUGGGAGUUCGAGUUGACCUACUCAUCCGUUCCGAAGUGCGUUCUAUCCCUCGAACGGCACUUAAACCGCCGACUACCACAGAAAGAAAUCGUCCAAGAGGCUUGGGUUUAUCUGCACUCCAUCCUCUCCGUCGUCUGUUCUAUGGAUUGCCGUCUCGCUGAGGCUGGUGUUGUGGACACAGGGAGAUAUUCUAUCGCUAAAUCGGCUUUGGGCAUUCUCGUUGGUCUGUUCAAGCAGAUUCUAGAAUACGGGCUUUAUCGAGACGGGCUGGCUGAGGAGAUUGGCAGCCAGGCGCGUGCGCUGUACAGGUCCUUUCUGCCCUUGUUCUUCCUCCACAAGCGCUACGUCAAGAUCAACAAACCCCUUCCUGCUCUCCCACCUGAUGCACAACUGUCAGUUGACCCUUUCGCCGACGUGGAUGACUCAACCGAAGAUGAGAUCGUCACAGAAAACAUUUACUACAAGCGUGCAAGUACGCUUUACUUCAGACCUGACGCGGUCAUACCGACGUACGAUCCAAAGAAGGACGCUCAGGCUGGGCUAGUGUUCGACAAGGAGAACCGCAUCAGAAGCGCCCCUCUGAAAACCCUCAUCCUCGUUCUGACGUCUAAGAAGGGAUCGGAGGACCGCGAUUUGGCUACCGUCGUGCUGACCUCCUUCCGAUUCUUCAGCUCUUCGGAAGCCUUCUUCAACGAACUUGUCGAGAGGUACGAAGAGAGCGCGAGGCGUGUUCCCUCGAGGCGUUACGCACGACAGAUGGAGCCCGACUGUGCUCGCGUCCUCGCUCUGUUGUCUACCUGGCUGUGCCAGUAUUGGCAGCCCUACUUCGACAGGCCUGUCCUGGAUGAUAUUUUGGCAUUCCUGGAGAAAACUCGAAAAUCUCCAGUCGCUCCGUUGAAUAUGAUCGCCCUUCUUCGAGAGAGGGUGAAGGUUCUUUAUAACAUGACCCACGACACUGCGUUGGAGGCACGACUUGACAAAAUCGUCGAAUACCAGAAGACCCAUCAGCCUUCCCAGAAGCCACCCAUGACGAGGUUUCGGUUUCCGGAGACCUACUCUAGGAAUCGUUUGAAACAGCUGCUCAUGUUCGACACGAACGAUGGCCGAGAGGAAUUUGCCAGGCAGUUGACCGUCAUGUUCUCCCACUUGUUCCGAAGGGUCAGCCCUGAGGACCUCGUGCAUCUCUGGUGGCGUUACGGUACUGACCAUACGAGGGGUGAGAUCAAGGACAUCCCAUCCGCACUAGAGCUACGGGCUAUCAUUGAUCGCCAUAAUCAACUCACUCAAUUCGUUGUUCGUUCCAUCCACGAUGCCAAGAGCCCGAAAGAAUUUUCUCGAGCAAUGACAUUCUGGCUCGACAUUUGCGAGGCAUGCAGGGUGCACCGUAAUUUCGCGGCCGCCAACGCCAUUUAUUCGGGGUUCAUAAAUAGCUCAAUAACACGCCUGGAGCAGCAUAUUUCUCUUCCUCGUUCCGCAAACCUUCUACUCCAACAACUGGACGAGUUCUUCCACCCUUCCCGGAUUAGCGCUACACAGAGUGCAAUUUUGAAGGGGGACACUGUUCAAGCUACCCUACCAAUCCCAGCCUACUUCACGGGCAACAUUAUCAAAACAAAGGAAGGUUCGAAGAUAGACCGAGAAAGAAUGCUGGCUCGCUACAGAAUCAUUGCGACGACUACGAAGGCACUGAAUCAGGCCCUACUACAGUAUCCUUUUCACGCAAACAAUUGCUUCCAAUGGUGGCUGGAGAAGAGUCUCAACCUCUUUGCUUGUGAUUGUAAAGGGCAAGAGAGAUUCUAUGCUGCUGUCUAUGCAGAAAGCCAAUUACGCGAGCCAAGGGACCUCAGGAUGCAAACUGAGCACGCAGAUCCUCGGAGAUCUAUGAGUCAGACUAUGACACCCCCCAACGGCUCCAUGAAGAGUUGCUCAGAAAAGCUCAGACAUGCCAUCAUUGGAAUCACCAUGCAGGAUGUACGAAAAACCAAAGAAAUCAUUCUGUCAAUGUUGGAGAAGCGCAGUAACCCUUCGCCGUCAUCGGGAGCAGUCUCCUAG